GAAGUAAAGUGCAAGGACCCGAGAUAUUGAUACACACGUACAGCAAGACCGAAGGCCUUGAGCUAGGAGUGAAUAGUAGGUAGAAUGGUCAAGACAAUCCUGUAUUUUCGAGUGCUUAAAAGCUUUCCAAUUUUCACUUCAUUUCAUUGCAUUUCAGAAAUGAAGUUGUGAAAGAUCACAACCAGCGCGACAUCUUCCGAAACUUGAAAUUUGAAAGAUCUUUCUCUUUGGUGAGAUUGAAAACGAAAACGAAAACGAAAAUUGCAUACCUACUUGUUUAACUUCGAGGAAUAUCUCGUCACGAUGGGUAUUCCAUCCUUCACCGGACCCAACAUCCUGACUCAAGCAUUCACAAUCUGCAGUCUCUCCACCCUCACAUUCCUACUCUACUGCAUCAUAUCCAUAAUCCACAACCUACAUUUCCACGCACUGUCCCGCAUCCCGGGUCCGCUCCUCUGGAAAGCCAGCCGAAUCCGAUACAUCGCCUCUCUCCUGCGCGGCAACCUCGUGAUCGAUAUCCGCAAACUCCACGAGCGCUACGGCGACAUCGUGCGCACAGCCCCAGACGAAGUAUCCUUCGCGCGCGAAGACGUCUGGCACGAUGUCUUUUCCAACAGCGGGGGUCGCAAGGCUCUUCCGCGCGAUCCCAUAUUCUUCAAGUCGCCUCCGGGACAGGCAGAAGCGUUGAUCACGACGGUGAAUGCUGAGACUAGUAUGCGUAUGCGUCAGGUGAUGGGUCCCGCGUUUACGGAUCGCGCGGUGGCGAAGCAGGAGCCGGUUUUGCAGACGUAUGUUUCGCUGAUGAUUGAUAAGAUGCGAGAAGCUAUUGCCAAGCCGGAGAAUGGGAAGAUGGGAGCCAGGAUUAAUGUGGUGGAUUGGAUGAAUUGGUGGACGUUUGAUGUUAUUGGGAUGCUGGCGUUGGGAGAAUCGUUCAACUGUUUGAAGGAUACUGCGAAUCACCCCUGGGCAACGUUGAUUUACAACGCGAUCAAGAUGAUGGCACUAGCAGCCGUGACCCAAUAUUUCCCCGGUCUCGACUCGCUAGUCCUCAAACUCCUUCCCGCCAGCACGCGCAAAAUGCAAGAAGACCACUUUGCCUACGCGGCCGAGAAAAUCCACCGUCGACUCGAGCGUCCCGAAUCAGCAGAAGGAGAUUUCAUGACCGUCAUGCUUGACCCGAAGAACAACCCCGAUUUUUCCAAGAUGAGCAUGCCGGAAAUCGAAUCCACAACUGCUCUUUUGCUCCUCGGAGGUAGCGAGACCACAGGCACCACCAUCUGCGGAAUCCUCAACUGUCUCGUGCAAAACCCGCACGAGCUCAGGAAACUAGAAACGGAAGUCCGCACGAUCUUUGAAAGGGAAGAGGAUAUCACGUUUAGCGCACUCCAGCAACUACCCUUUCUGAACGCCGUCAUCAACGAAGGCUUACGAAUCUGCAAUCCCGUGUCAGGAGGACUUCUCCGGAUCGUUCCACGUGGCGGCGCAACCGUGUGCGGCCACUUCCUCCCAGAAGGCACCCACGUCGCAUGCAACACCAUCGCCAUGGCGCUCAGCCCACAAAACUUCCACCACAGUCUCCGAUUCCUGCCGGACCGAUAUCUCCCGGACCAUCUGCGCCCCCGCGAAUACGCAAACGACAAUCGCCACAUUUUGAAACCGUGGGGAUUGGGCUCACGCGUGUGCUUGGGACGAUCGUUCGGCCAGGCGGAAUUGAGAUUGGUGUUGGCGCGCUUGGUGUGGAAUUUUGAUCUGCAGGGUGCGGACGGGAAGGGAGUGGAUUGGUUUGAGCUGAAGAAUUAUAUUGUGGUGCAGAAGGAACCAAUUUGGGUUACGAUUAGGGAGAGGGAAAAGAUGUGAUGUGGGAGAUUGAUGUUCGGAUGGGGUGCUGUGGAUUGGGUCUGGAUGUGGAGAUUGGGAGGUGGUGUGAUAUACUGGUAUGCUGCAGUAUUUCGAGAAGCUCUUCUUUAUAGACUUAGUUGUCUCGAUCUAGAGCACUUUCUCUUUCCACCUAUGAGGACUGUGGACUUCCUUGGUGGCAUUUUGUUGCAAAGCAAUUCUAACGUUCA